AUGGCAACCUUGCGGAAUACCCCAACCAAUCUUCUCAAGGUUAUCGAACCGCCCAGCAGCUCGCUAUCGCUUUUCCGGGGGCGCGUUCCGCUCCAAAAACGCUUUGUCGGCUGUAGCCUGUUGUCCACCGCGCGAAAUGCCCACUCGAAAGCGCCACCACAACUGUCUGAUGACGGUCGCCCGCUUCCACGAAACAGAGCCGAAGUAUUGCUGAGGAUGUUCGACGAAGAAAGGCGUGGGAGACUGCUCAUGGUCCGCAGAGUCCCAAAAUUUGCUCUUCAGGCCGAUGUCGAACUGCUCUUUGAAGAAUACGGGUUUCCAGUUGAGCGCUGUGUCGUCUUUCAUCGUACGACUAAUGGACUGAACUACGGAUCUGCGCACGUUCUCCUCCCUACCCCAGAGUUAGCAUCCGCUGCCAUCAGCAAAGUAAGCGGAGCACCCCUCUUUAAUCGACGGAUUAUUAUAGAGAGAGCCGGUAUUAGCUAUUUGCAAAGCAUAUCCAAAUGGCCGGACUGGACUUGGGGUUGGUUUGCAUCGCCAACAGCAGAGGUCUCCCAGCAUCGAACCCGAGGCCCGCUCUUCGCACCUCCGCAAGAUAUUCUGAAGUUUAUCAGACAGAGCAGACAGAUGUGCAUCGAUAAUCUACCCCCCAAGUUGAACAUCCGCAGAGAUUUCAAAUGGCUCUACCCCCUUUUCCACUCUUAUAAUGUCGAAGGCAUCAGCAGCUUUGGCAAGUACCCACAGACCAGGUCGAAUGCGCACCUCUCGGGCUAUUUGAUAUUUGUCGUUUUCAACAGCAAAGAGGAACUCGAGCAUGCGAAAGAUGCGUAUAACGGAUAUGAAUUACUGGGGCGUCGCCUGGAGCUUAGCGUUUCGAAACCUCCAAAGGAAUACUCGUGGGAACAGAAUAAGAUGCACGCCGGACAUAAUAGUGGCCGAGACCUGGGCUCAGCAAAGGGCACUCGCCUCGAGCAGGAAGAGGAAGAGAACUUCCGGAAAUGGGUCUUAAAACACAACGACCGCUCCUUGUGGAUCUGA